AACGAGUAUAAUACAUCCUAGACUUGUGUCUUUUGUUUCCAAAAAUUAGUCCACCCAGUUAACAGAAGCGACAAGGGAACAAGAACAUUGAAAGGUGCUUUUGAUCGCUUGAAUAAGGACUGUAUUUUUUUGAAGAACAACAAGGCGGCUACGUCUCGUGACCGAUUGUCAGCUCUCUGGCAAUUGGUAUUGUUGGUCUCUCUACAAUGCUAUUCCCCGCAUUUUCCAUAAAACUCAGUCAAUAUUACACUGAAAAUGAUUUCAAACAAUUCCUAAAUCGAAGAGUGCGUGAGGUUGAUAAUAGUUCUGCUACUAUCAAUAUGGAUGGUAAGUGGUAAUAUGUCUCUAAAAUCAAACUUCUCUAUAGUUGGUGGUACUCUCUGAGUGACUGCGGUUAUUGUUUGAGUAUCAAUCGACAUUCAAUAAAGAAAACGCGUCUAUGAUAAAUACGAGCCCUUUUUUUUUAUUGUAAAAAAAAAACUCAAUAUGGCUACUCAGUCAAAAGAAAACACGCAGCUUGCUUCUCAAGAUGUGGGUCUUAUCUUUGUUCGUGAAUACUAUACCUUUUUGAACAAGAAGCCUCAUCGACUUCAUGCGUUUUAUAACAGGGAUUCUUUGUUUGUUCGAGGCGAUGAAGGCACUAUGACCAUCACUGUCAAGGGACAAGAGGAGAUUCGCAAAAAGAUCGAAGAAUGUCAAUUUGAAGACUGCAAGGUCUUGGUCACUCAGGUCGACAGUCAAACAUCAGCUAACAAUGGCAUCUUGAUUCAAGUCUUGGGUGAAAUGUGUAAUCAAAAUGGACCUUCUCAAAAGUUCAGUCAGACCUUCUUCUUGGCACCUCAACCCAAUGGCUAUUAUGUAUUGAACGAUAUCUUUCGAUUCUUGAAGGACGAGGUUGAGAUUGAUUAUUAUACCUGUGAGCAACAAGAGGUAGCUGUUGAACCCAAGAAGGAAUCUGUUCCUUCCUCUCCACCUCCUCUUCGAAAGAUUGAAACUGUGAUUGUUGAAGAACCUGUUUCUCCUGAUAUGGGGAAGAGAGAAUUGCCCGUGAAAGCAGAGCUUGUUAAGGAAGAAGUGGAAGUACCUGUUCAAGAAGAACCUGUCAAGAAAGAAGAGCCCGCUAAAAAGGAAGAACCUGUCAAGAAAGAAGAGCCUGUUAAAAAGGAAGAGCCUGUUCAACCUUCAGAAGACAAAAAGAAGAAGUCAGAAGGUAAACAAACAAAAUCCGAACCUAAACAACAACAACAGAAACAACAACAGCAAGCACAACAACAACAAUCAAAGCAAAAUGAAAAACAAAGUGAAAAGCCUGCUCCUUCUGUCCCCAAACCUUCUACUCCCAAGACAUGGGCUAACUUGACUGCAGCAGCAGCAGCACCUAAUGGUACUGCUAGUCCUGCUCUUUCCACUCCUGCUACCACUACUACUACCACUACCCCUACUACUACUACUGUUCCUGCUCCUUCUAACACAUCUACUGACAAGUCUGUGCCUUCUCUUCCUACCACAAAUAACAGUACUACAAAUACAUCAAACGAAAAACCUCAACAACAACAACAACAACAAAAUAAAAGCCAAACAAACCGUAGAAUCAUUGAUCCUACACAAAUCUUUGUUAAAAUGGUAAAUGAAACUGUUCAUGAAGAUCAAUUAGUAGAUGCAUUCAGUAAAUUCGGUACAGUCAAAUCUUGUAACAUUUCUCGUCAUAGAAACUGUGCCUUUGUUGAAUUUUCUACACCUGAAGCAUGUCAAAAAGCAUUGGCUCAACACAAAGUACAAUUAAGCACAGGUCAACAUGUGUUGGCAGAAGAACGUCGUUAUAAUGUCAAUAGCCAACAAAGCCAUCAAAGAUACAACAAUAACCAGAAUAGAAUACAAACAUUUGAUCAACGUCGAUCCAACAACAGUAGCAGUCGUCGUCAACAACAACAACAACAACAACAAAAUAAACAGCAACAACAAGGAAAAGGAAGAGGCACUAAUAAAUAAAUAGAUAGAUAUAUAU